AUGCCCACUCUCAAGCAGAUCACCUGCUGCAUACAGCUGGGCCCGAGCGACACCAAGCUGAAAGAAUAUGGCCACCGCUUCACGGACGGCGGGGUCGAGGCCUUCAUCGCAGUGCCCGAUACGAAGGUGCCCUUCAAUGUACGCGUGAGGAGCAGUGGCUACAUUGCGCCUGGGCUGGCCGCCUAUGUGUUCAUCGACGGCCAGUAUCAGUGCAACCGCAAUCGGCAAAACCUCCAGCUACCAGCACCGGGCAUGGGCACGCGCGACUAUGAAGUGGAUUUCAGACUGCGACAGAAGGAGGAGAAAACAGCUGAAGGCAGCUUCGUGGCUCGAGAGUGGACGUUCGCGGAGCUGAAGACUGGCAACGCCGACCAGGCGCCCGAUACGAACCCUGCCUUUGCGAAGAACGUCGGCACUAUCGAGGUGGUCAUCCUCCGAUGUAAGGGAGACGCUUUGCAUGGCCCUGCAGAGACGGUAAUUGAUGGUGGCGACGAGACCGGAUUCGCCGCAACAUCUCGAGCGCCAUCUGUAGCGCAUUCGGCCCCUGCAGCGAAGGCGAGGGAUUCUGCCAGGCCAGCACCAAAGGCGCCGGCAAAGGAGCCUUCAGUAGCAGCCGACGAUGGACUUGGUGGUGGUAUGUUUGGUCUCUUCGACGGCGCUGGCGACGAUCCAGACUACAGGCGCCACAUGCCUGGUCGCUAUGAUCAUCGCUCCCCCUUGCCACGCUACCGUCAAGAUCUUCGCAAUGACAAUCGCUACUCACCGCGGCCAUUCACGGUUCACGGCGAUUCUGGCGAUCGCAAUGCAGGAGAUGUGCGAGCCCAUGCGUACGAUGUUCGACCAAGAACUGCCAACGACCAUUACGCACUUCCUGUUACACCACACGCAGGGUAUGACUUCCAACAGCGCCGUCGAUUUGUCCCACAUACAGUCCAACAGUCACCAACGCAGCGGCAUGAAAAUCGUCCUUUACACAAUGCGUAUACUCCUCGAGCUCCACCCUCGUCUCUUCUGCCACGCGUCAGUGCUCCCGAAGGCUUCAGCUUCGUACUGGAAACUUGCAAAGAAAUGGACGGCCUUUACCGUCUGAGCUUCGGUGAGAGGGAGAAGUGUGCAGAGCUAGCCCAAGAGGCACACGCAUGGGAAAAUGAUCCGGAGAUGUAUCUAAGCGCCAUGAAGGCUCUUCGACACAAGCAGCAAGAACUGGGAAAGGCCGACGAACAGCUCACUGCAAUGCGCCAGGCUAUCUACGCACGCAUGCGCAGAAUGGACCCAAAAACCUGGCAGUACACGAGAGAUUUCUUGGUUCUGGAAGCUCGACUCUUUGGUCCCAACGACCCGCACAUGCAACAAUGGCCUGACCCGAGACUACAGCAACAUCUACAAUCGCCUGAGCUUGGAACGACCCGAACGAGCGGUGCUAUAGAUGACCGUACAGGCCACAACCCUAGAUCUAACGACGGCUGGGAGGAACAAGGACAUGGCGAGACGAACGGCGGGCUACAACAGAAGCAGAUGAGGAAGCAGUCAGGUGCCCACAGUGCCAGAUCUUCUAUCCAGAAGCCGGCGGGAGAUGGAUGGGGUGCUAGCUCCCAGAAAGGAGGUGGCAAUUGGGCCACCGACGAUGUCGACAAUCAAGCCAAUGACGGCGGAGCAGGUGAUGCUUGGGGUGGCGCAGCCGGUGGAAAUGACGACCAGAACAAAGAUGACAGCAAGAGUGAGUCCAAAAAGGACGGAACCGGCGCCUGGGGAGCGAACGACAACGGACAGUCUAACAACGAGGGAGAUAACGGCUGGGGCGCGAACAACGACAAGAACGAUUCGAAGCAGGAUGGAGGCGAUUGGGGCGGUGGAGGAGAUAACAACGACACCAGAUCGAAGACGGCGGGCUGGCACAACAAUGAUGGUGCUGGGUCCCAUAAAAGCCGAAGCCAGAACAAUGAUGCAUGGGCCCAAAGUACCAAGGACAACAAAAGCCAGACGGCGAAAAGUAAGAUUGAUAGCUGGGCGAAAGGCAACCAGAAAUCUCAAUCAGCCGCCUGGGGCAAUCAGAGUCAGGCCAAGACGCAACAAGGCGGUAACGGCGGUUGGAAUCAAGUCGGUGCUGGUGAGGGACAAGCCCGAUCCCACGCAUCAAGCAGACGUCCAGCUCGAACCACCACAUCCGUCGCUCUCGAGCCUGUAAUCAAGCCAUACUGGGCAGACUGGGAUAAGCCACAACAGGGCACAAGUCGACCAAGGCCGCAACCGCGCGACCCGUACGAAUAUCCGCCACCAGCAACCGUCUUAGCACCAUCGGGCAGAGCGAGAGACCUGAGUCAUGGCGUGCAAGCAGGAAGAGGCGCCGACUAUGCCCAUAAGACUUUCCGGCCAGAGUAUCUCGACACUAUGGACAAGCCCUACGCCAUUUUCACUUUCAAGUACAGGAGCCAGUCCACACUGGAGAAACUUUUGAGGCGUAAGAUCGACACCAGUGACACUAAGCGGGCGGUCGACGAGGCAGAGAAGGAAAAGUUGAUGCGAUUGCCAAAGGAUGAGCUCGUGCAGGAGAUGCUCAAGAUGAGACUCAAGCCGUCCAGUUCGGGUACCAAGCCAGCCUCAGCACCAACUGCACCAUCAAACACUGGCUGGGGUGUAAAGGCGCCAUCUCAGGCCAAUUGGGGUGGUGACCAGCAGAGGGAUGAUGUCAAGCCAAGCGACUCUGUCAGUAACCACACAUCGGUGAAGCGCGGCGAUGGUGGCGGUGGCGUCUGGGCCGCUGCAAAGUCCAAAGCAAAUGACGGUGGCUGGGAUUCGGGGAAGAACGACAAUGGCGGCGAUGCUUGGAACCAACACGACAAGCAGAGUAGGAAGAACGAAGCUAAGAAGCAGAAAAGCAAAGUCAGUGCUUGGGAUGCUGCUCCGGCCGCAGGUGAAAAUGAUCAGUGGGCGGCGAAUGGUGCUGGCAAAGACAAGGCCAGCAGCAGGUCCGAGUCACACUUCGCUCCUGAUGAUCCAGGCUUGCAGACUGCUGGUGAUGGGAAGCUAUCACAAGGCUGGGCCGAUGCUGGUUGGUGA